GGCGCGCGAGGCUGGCGACGUGCGGUGAGCGCGCGGCCGUUGCUCUGGUUACUGCGGAAGCGCCGCUCGGGGAGGAAGCCACCGCCCGCGGGGGAUGCAGGGCACCUGCUGCUCGUGAGAGGCGAGUGCAUACAGCACGAGAGCCAGCAGCAACACUGCCAGCAUCACCCGCGACGGCCCCUGCGCCACACCUGCCCCCCGCCCCGGAGGGAAUGAAUGGAUUGCCGGAAAGACGGGCGCCGAGUCGGGAGCUGCUGGAGGAGGCGGCUUCUUAAUACUGCUUUCUGAGUCCUGGACAACUUUCUUCCGUCUGAUACUUGUAUACUCACUUCAUAUGGUUUUGUACAUGGGUCUGAUUUGAGCUGUAACCUCCUGACGGUCAUUACCUGCGUUUGGCCAGCCCCUCUUGGUUACACAUCUCGGGGGGGAAAGAAGCUCUAUAAAUCCCCCAAGCCCUGCAGAGGACCAGGGCUCCCCCCCCUCGACCCCGUGUCGCCGAAGGAGACUUUGAGCCAUGUGGACUUUUCUUGGCAUUGCCACUUUCACCUAUUUUUAUAAGAAAUGCGGGGACUUAGUCACUUUGGCCAACAAGGAGCUCCUGCUGUGCGUCCUGGUGUUCCUUUCGCUGGGCCUGGUGCUCUCCUACCGCUGUCGCUACCGAAACGGGACCCUCCCCCGGCGCCAGCCCAGCAGGUCCCAGUUCGCUGUCUUUGAUGUCCUGUCGGCCUUGCCUUUCAUUGGCUUCUUGUGGGCCAAGUCCCCACCUGCAUCAGAGAAGAAGGAGCAGCUCGCAUCUAGGAGGUGCAGAAAAGGAACCAGUACUUCAGAAACAGCCUUCGCAGGGCCCACUGCCUCUCCAGCUCCUGCUUCGCAGCAUGACCCAGAAGUGAUCAUCGUGGGAUCUGGGGUUCUGGGCUCUGCUUUGGCGGCGGUGCUUUCCAGAGAUGGCAGGAAGGUGACGGUGAUUGAGAGAGACUUGAAAGAGCCGGAUAGGAUACUUGGAGAAUUUCUGCAGCCUGGCGGUUGUCGUGUCCUGAAAGAGCUUGGUCUUGAAGAUACAGUGGAAUGUAUCGAUGGCCAUGUUAUAAAUGGCUACAUCAUUCAUGACAUGGAAAGCAAGUCAGAGGUUCAAAUUCCUUUUCCUCUGUCAGAAAACAAUCAAGUGCAGAGUGGGAGAGCUUUUCAUCAUGGAAAAUUCAUCAUGAGUCUCCGGAAAGCAGCGAUGGCAGAACCCAACACGAAGUUUAUUGAGGGCACAGUGCUUCAGUUGCUAGAGGAAGAUGAUGCCAUUGUGGGAGUUCAGUACAAGGAUAAAGAAACUGGAGACCUCAAGGAACUCCACGCUCCACUGACCAUUGUCGCGGAUGGCCUUUUUUCCAAGUUCAGGAAAAACCUGAUCUCCAAUAAAGUUUCGAUUUCAUCUCAUUUUGUUGGCUUGCUUAUGAAGGAUGUACCACAGUUUAAAUCAAAUCAUGCUGAACUUGUUUUAACUGACUGGGGGCCAGUUCUCAUCUACCAGAUCUCAUCUAAUGAAACACGAGUGCUUGUUGACGUUCAAGGAGAGUUGCCAAGGAAUUUAAGAGAAUACAUGGCUGAGAAAAUUUACCCACAGUUACCUGAAUACCUGAAAGAUCCUUUUCUAGAAGCCGUUCAGAAUUCUCGUUUGAGACCUAUGCCAGCAAGCUUCCUUCCUUCUUCACCAAUAAAUAAACGAGGUGUCCUCCUUUUGGGAGAUGCAUACAAUAUGAGGCACCCUCUGACUGGAGGAGGGAUGACUGUUGUUUUUAAAGAUAUAAAACUAUGGAGAACAUUGCUAAUGGGUAUUCCUGACCUUUAUGAUGAUGCAGCAGUUUUGCAGGCCCAAAAAUCAUUUUAUUGGACAAGAAAAACAUCUCAUUCCUUUGUUGUGAAUGUCCUUGCUCAGGCUCUUUAUGAAUUAUUUUCUGCCACAGAUGAUUCCCUGCAUCAACUAAGAAAAGCAUGUUUUUAUUAUUUCAAACUCGGUGGAAAGUGUGUUGCUGGUCCUGUCGGGCUGCUUUCUGUACUGUCUCCUAACCCCCUGGUUUUAAUUGGACAUUUCUUUGGUGUUGCGUUCUACGCCACAUAUUUCUGCUUUAAAUCCGAACCUUGGAUGACGAAACCUCGAGCCAUUUUCAGUAGUGGUGCUGUGUUCUACAGAGCAUGUUCUGUAAUAUUCCCUCUAAUUUACUCAGAAAUUAAGCACUUGGUUCAUUAAUCUUAAAGGGGAACCAUCUCCGAAUAUCUGGAACUCACCGGGUCCUAGGAGACUUCUGGAAGAGGAUGUGUAUAGCGUAAGAAUAGGCCACUUCCAAGUGGAAACUCUUGGACCGAGAUUGGGAUUGUUUCUGAAGGUUUUUUUUUUUUUUGUACAUAAACAUGUAAAUACAUACUUUGAUUUACAAUUUUAAAAUGAAGGGUAAAAUCAGUAGAUAUUUAAAAGAUAAUUGUUCCCAUAAAUUAGUGCUAACACUGAGGAAGUGCAGGUUUUUUUUUUUUUUUUUUGAGUUCAUUAUUUGGGAUAAGUCGUGGCAUAUGCGAAUAAAAUGAAGAACAAACCUGUAUUUUUGUUGCUUACAGUCUUCUUUACAAAGCUUCAUGAUAAUGGAAAAGACAACUCAAGUAGGAUGGAAAAAUGGAGAGAAACGAUCAGAUGACUGCCUUUGUGAAGUUGCCUUAAUAUUCCUGGACCUUAGUUUCUUCAUUUAUCCAGUGAGGCAAUUUAUUUUGGUUCUUUGAAAAUAUUAUAGCCAGACAAGAAAGCAGCCCAGGGCUUUAUAAGUUCCACUGUAUCAUACCAAUAAGCCACGCGAGGGUUAGUCCAGGAAUUAGGGAGUGAACAAGUAAGCACUUAUACUACCUGGCACAGCAUCGAAACAUCAGCGAGAAUUUACUGAGUUUAUGGUAUAUUUAAGGAGAUAUGGGCAUUUAGAAGGGGACCCUGAAACUUUAGUAAGUCCCCAGAUAUCAUAAAAUUAAGUGACUACUUCAGAUUCUAAGACGUACAGCUAAAAUGACUUGGAAAGCUUUUACAAUAAAGAUUUCUCACUCAGCGCCUAAGUUCUGUGAGUUCAGAAGCCUUUCCAUUAACCAGAAUACGAGUGGAAUCAGCUGUGGCGUCACUUUGCCUUAUUUUAACAACAUAGGGUGGACUCUCGAAUUGAGACUGGAGAUUUUUCCCUGUAUUUUAUCCCAUGCUUCUAUUUUUGGCUAAAAACUCACCUUUUUAGAUGUGGCCUUUUUAAUAGCAGCUGGCUUUCUAGGCGGCUAUUCCACAGAGAGCUAAGGCUUCGAUCUACCUCAGGCAGCUUCUGUUACCUGUUUCAGACGGAAAACAAGGUAUUGCUGAGCUGCGGAUGUGGGGUGACCAUGGACGCCCCAGCCUCACCAGAGGGCGAGACUUCCCUCUCUGAUGUGCCUGGCAACAAUCCACUUUCAAAAUUCCAGCUGGGCCUCAGCCAGAUGGGUUGUGAGGCUCCUGUUUCCUUCCCACUGCUGCCCAGGUGCUUUUCAAAUCCCUUCAGUAUCUGAGGACUUGAGACCUCUGACAGAAGAAAUGCCCUUAAAAGCAGAAAACGACGGGAA